AUGGCCCCCAUCGAAUGCGUCCGGCAGUCGCUGCCGCUAAGCCACGCCUUCGGUGUGCGACGCUCGCGCCUGGGAGGACAACGAUGGAGGAAGCAGUGGCCGGAUCCCCCGUCCUGGAGUGCAUUGAAGUGGGAUUUGGAGCUGCCACAUCAAGCGCGUGGAAACUACUUGGCUGGCCUGCAGACCACCAAGACUCCACCGAAGGUGCCUCUUCCCAACUUGGACAUCUCAGCAGAAGCUCUUUGGAACUCUUUGGAGGAGUUUCGAGCAGUGCAUGCCGAAGACACCCAGGUCUUGCAGCAGCUGCUGAACAAGGUGAAGCUUUGCCCAAAUUGCCAGAAAGCUUGCGCGCACACCAUGCACCAAUGCAACAAUUGUUGCACUCACCUGACUGAGGAUACCCUUGCUGCCACCGACAACGUCCUCAUGGCCUUCGUCUUUGGAAUCCAAAAGGGUCGCUUUCCUCUCACCAUCUCCAUGCGUGCUUGUACCAAGGAGUUUCUGGUCUUUGACGAUCCCCUCUGUGUCUCCGUGUGCCACCUGAAUGUCAUUCCAACGAAGGUCUACAUUCCAGAUUUGCGCUACCUUUUUAAAGACCCUCUUCGUGGACGAAAGAUCGUACAUGCCAUGUUGGAACAGGUGGACACGGUCUGUCUGGAACAGCAUUGGUCCGAUGAGAAGUUUCGGGCUGCCUACCUGCAGGCUGCCCCCGGCCGCGAGGCCUUGCGAUCGAUGGGCACGGCUGGAAUGAACUUCCCACCAUCGCAGCAGCAGCUCCAUUUGCAAUACGUGCACGGACCGAUGCUUCCCUUUCAGUACGCUGUCUUCAAGGAUGGAUUACACCUGCAGUACAAGCGCUUCUUCCCGGUGCAGUUCUUGCUGGAUAGUCUGGCAGCAGGGGACAAGGUGAGACUUGAUGUGCAUGAGAAUACCGACAUUGAGGAGAUCAUUCAGAUGGCGGCAGUUGUUGGUGUGGAUUAUGACUCUUACUGGAGUCAGAUGUGUGCGCAGGUCAACACUAUUCAAGAGUCUUGCAGCCCCUGGCGUGAGGCGGAUUUCAUGUAUCGCAUCGUGGGGAAAAACGUUUACGAUGCCCAGACGGGGCAAGAGCUGCCGGAGCUCAACGUGAAGGCGAUCCAAGCUGCAGAUGUGAAGCGCCUCCAAAGCUACGGCUGUGGCGCUACAGAGCCUGGGAGGUGCUGCUACUAUCCCUUCGCGAAGAGGGCAGCAGAGAUUGAAUCAUGGAAGUGA